AUGGGGUCAACAACAGCAACAUUGGCCCUACAGCCACAAGGAUGUCCACAUCAAUCUCUUCAGCAGCCCAAGAAGAAGUUCACCACUGAAGAUGUGUUAGCGAGAUUUAUGAUCAGUACUGAAGCAAAAUUUGUGAACAUCAACAAUCAAUUCGCUGAAGUGAAAACUGUUUUGAGGAAUGUUCAGGCCUCCAUUCAAUCAUUGGAAAACUAUGUUGGGCAACUUGCUAGGGCAAAUUCGGAGCGCUCACCGGGUAGUUUAUCUAGUAACACUGAAAAUUAUCCGUGGAAGCAUUUGAAAGCCGUCACUCUCAGGAGUGGAAAACAGGUUGAAGCACGCGCCGAGGAGGGCUCAAGCACUAAAAAUGAUGGGGUAGUCAUACAGGAAGACCCUAAGCCAUCUGAGAGUGUAGUUGAAGGAAGAAAGGAGAAGCAAGAUGAAGAAACCCUUCAACUACCAACACCAAGGGUACCCGAGUAUAAGCCGACCAUUCUCUAUCCAGCUAGGUUGAAGCAAGAUAAAAAGGAGUAUGCAAAAUUUAUGAAAGACCUGCUGACUAACAAGAGAAAACUGGAGGAAGUAGAAACAGUUGCAUUACCACGGAACUGCUCUGCUAUGAUUCAGAGGAAGCUCCCUAAGAAGUUGACUGACCCCGGGAGUUUCAUUAUUCCAUGUGUGAUUGGGGAAGGCAUGCAAGAAAAGGCCUUGGCAAAUUUUGGGGCAAGUAUCAAUGUAAUGCCCUACAAGCUAUUUUUGAAACUAGGUUUGGAAGACAUGAGGCCUACAAGGAUGACAAUACAACUUGCAGACUGGUCCAUAAAGAAGCCCCGAGGUGUUGUUGAGGAUGUGCUAGUUAGAGUAGACAAGCUCAUUAUCCCGGUGGAUUUUGUUAUUCUUGAUAUGGAUGAUGAUGUUGAAGUUCCAUUGAUCCUCGGGUGA